UCUCUCCGAAGGUACUCAUCUGAAAAAUGAGAACAAAGUGAUUGUUCCUGUUCUCUUUCUUAAGUCACUUCAAAUGCUAUCCGUGGACGAGCGGCUCAUUGUCAGGAGAGUUGCAGCGCGAGCAGGAGGGCGAGAACGCAGGUACAGGUACAGCAGCAGCAGCAGCAGCAGCAGCAGUGAGCGGCCAGCACUUCAGCCACAGCAUCACAGAAAACACACUCGGCUACACUCAGCUGGGAAAGAAGAUGGAAACAGACAGAAUGAAUUACUCACCAGCAAGAAGUCCUCCUGUCAGAGAUGAGCUCCGACACACACCUCAGCACAGUUUCUACCUAAGCCCACCUCCGCUCUACAUUAAGCCUCCAAAAUUCUCCCCUCCCAGAUACCCCAGCAUAUCACCCAACAGAGACACCUACAGUGCAUUCAGCCCACCUGCUUUCUUUCCCAUGCUUGGCCCCGGUUACUCACAGAAGGAAGGAUCCCAAAAACGCAAAAGGACUCCUUUCAAAAUGGACGCCCAAGAAGGUGAAUCUCCCGAUGGAGCAGCAGAGGAGGCAGAAGAGAGCAGCAGAAAGAAGACGGUGGACCUCGCCCACUUCCCAUUCUCCUUCCCACAUCGGCCCAUGCCGUCCCCAUCCCCGAAGCCCAUGCCUGGUAUGAUUGAACUAAACAGACUGCAGCUUCAUCAAAGAUCACCAGGUAUGAGUUUACCUGCGCAGGUGAAACAGGAGCCGCUCAGUCCUUCCCCCGUUUGGCCUCCCUCUCCCCUCCUUCUCCACCCUCCCUACUUCCCAUCUCUCCACCACAGCCUCCUCCCGUACCCCUUCUUCAUGCCUGGCCCUGUCAUGCACCUCUCCCCUGGUUCUUUCUACCCCAGAGAGGACCUCCACCCCAGGCAUCGCGGCCGAGAAGGUCCUCCUCGCAGUGGGAUGACCAGCGCUGAGAAGCUUGGCCUUAACAUCCACGUGGAUGACAGUUAUUAUGUGGAUGUGGGAGGAGAUCAGAAGAGAUGGAAGUGCCGUAUGUGCGAGAAGUCCUACACCUCCAAGUACAACUUGGUCACGCACAUCCUUGGGCACAACGGCAUCAAGCCGCAUGGGUGUCACCUGUGUGGGAAGCUUUUCAAGCAGCUGAGCCACCUGCACACUCACCUGCUCACCCACCAGGGCAUGAGGCCCCACAAGUGCACAGUGUGCCACAAGGCCUUCACUCAGACCAGCCACCUGAAGAGACACAUGAUGCAGCACAGUGACGUAAAGCCAUACAGCUGCAGUGUGUGCGGCAGAGGAUUUGCUUACCCCAGUGAGCUUCGUGCCCAUGAGCUGAAGCACGAGAAAGGUCAGGAGAACGUAUGCGUGGAGUGUGGUCUGGAUUUCCCCACGCUGGCCCAACUGAAGAGGCACCUGACCGCCCACCGUGGCCCCACCCUGUACAGGUGUGCGGAGUGCCAGAAGACUUUCCAGUACCCGAGCCAGCUUCAGAACCACAUGAUGAAACACAAAGACAUCAGACCGUACAUCUGCAGUGAGUGUGGGAUGGAGUUCAUCCAGUCACACCACCUGAAACAGCACACGCUCACUCACAAAGGGGUGAAGGAGCACAAGUGUCGCAUCUGCGGGCGUGAGUUCACCCUGUUAGCCAACAUGAAGCGUCAUGUCCUCAUCCACACCAACAUACGGGCCUACCAGUGCCACAUGUGCUUCAAGAGCUUCGUCCAAAAACAGACUCUCAAGGCUCACAUGAUCGUCCACUCGGACAUCAAGCCCUAUAAAUGCAAGCUUUGUGGGAAGGAGUUCAACAGGAUGCACAACCUGAUGGGCCACAUGCACCUCCACUCAGACAGCAAGCCUUUCAAAUGCCUUUACUGCCCGAGCAAGUUCACGCUGAAGGGAAACCUCACCAGACACAUGAAGGUCAAACACGGCGUCAUGGACCGAGGGCUGGAUGAAAGAUUGUUUAGGCAAAGAGGACGAUUCUGCCUGACCAGCCCCAUGGGCCUCCUCACCCGCUUCGGCCAGGAGGAGCCGUUUGACCUUUCCCAGAAGCCUUCAGGCCUGCCCAGCCUCCGGCUCUCCCAGUCUGAUGGCGAGAGCGUCCCUGGAAGCUCGUGUCAGGAGGAGGAUGAGGAGAGUUUGUACAGGAGGAGCCAGUACAGCCCCGAGGUGGACCAACAGGAGCUGGAGGAGAGAGGGCAUGGGUCUCUGGCUGAACUAAGGCCAGAGGAGAAGCAGAAAGAAAUGUAUGCGCACGGUUUAGAUGAGAGGGAGUCAGGAAAUGAGGGAGACUCUGUCGAUCCCAGAGGGGAUAAGAUGCACCUCUUAAAGUCAGAAGAGAUGGCGGAUGAAUCUGAUUUAGAGCUGGGUGACCGGGAGUACGAUCAUGAGACAGGUCGAAGACAGUCCUACAACUAUGACUCUGAUUCAGAGCUAGAAGAUUACCAUGAGGUAGAUGAGACAGAGCAAAGCAAACAGCUCCAGACUAGACUGGAGAUAGCUGAAUACAUGGAGGUUACGGGUCCAGAGGAAGAACAACAACAACAAGAAGAAGGUGAAGACAAAGAAUGAUAGAGUUGAGUCAGAGAAUGAGAAGAAGACGCAGGGUUUAGGGAAGGCAGAUGUGUUUCUUUGACAGGAAAAUGGAGAGGAUGUUCAGGAGACACACCCCUGAGGAGAGAGGAAAGAGUGGAGUUCUUUAAAUAAAACUCAUUAUGGAGGUUGUGGUGCAGUAGCUUAGCAUGACAAGAUAAAUACAAGGAUAUCAUCUUUUUUUAAAAAGAGCGACUGAAAUAUAAAGCUGUGAAGCAUACGGAACAUAUCGUACACUGAUUAAUGAGUCACUGACAGGAUGUGAGGAAAGAAUAUGUGCAUUUAUGAGAAGUUAAGUGUGAUUAGGGUGCAGCUUUGUUGUAAAUAAAACACCAAAACGUAUUUAAUAAUUUAGUUUUUUACAAUCAUUUUGCAGUAACCACUCAAAUACGCGAUUUUUGAUUUUCCUUUUUACUGCGUUGUCUGUUAUAUUAAAAUCAAAAAUAUGUAAUUGCUCAAAUCAUUGUGCAUGCGUUAUGGUCAUUUGUUUUUUUUUUUUAGUUUGUCUUUCUAAAAAAUAAACUGUGAUUUUGAUCUUUUUUAUGUUUUUUUGUCUAGAUUUUUUUCUAAAAUCAGAUCAGUCUUGAUGAGACAUCUUUGUAAUGGUGGUCUGCAAGAUAAAUGCUAA